CGUGAUGCGUAUAAUUUUAACUCGUUUUAAUUAUUACGUUUUCACGAUAUGAAGAGGUUAAUAUUAACGUUUCUUAGAGAUCUACGAUACUGCAUACUAUUGUGAAUGUCUGCUUGAAAAGAAGAAGGGUUGUCUUAAAUAGUUUACUUUUUCAUACACGUGCCGCUAAUUUAUUUAUAAAUUUUUUUUCAUAAACUAAGAACAAAAUUAAAUCAUGAGAAAGAAAUCCCAAAAUAAGCCUAUAGAUUCCGAGAGUGAUUCCAGUUUUGAGGAGGAUAAUUCACAAGUCAUGGAUGCGGAGGAGGAAGCUGAUUCUAGCGCUGAAGAGGAUCAGCCUACGAUGAGCAACCGUAAGAAAGCAGUAAAAUCCAAAGCACAAAAGGAUAAAGGAGACGUCGACAGUGACAGUAGUGAUGAUGAUUCUGAAAAUGAUGAAGAUAUGGAUGUGGAGGAAAAAAGUACAUUAAAAACCAAAAGCAAAACAAAAGCCGACAAUGAAGGUAACAGUGAUGAUGAUGAUGAUGAUGAUAAUGAUGAUGACGAUGACGAUAAAGCUAAUAACGACAAUGAUGCUGAGGAGAAAAGCGAUGAUGAAGAUGUGGACACAGAGGUUCGCAUGCCUGUAAUAAAUCCUCUAGCUUUUAUGAAGAACAAAGAACAACGUAUGGCGUUGUUUAAAAAAAUGAAAAAGGAAAAGCAUAAACAAAAAAUGCAUGAAAGGCGUGCACGUCGCAAAGCAGGCUUACCUGCAAAUCCUGGUCAUACUAUAGAAAGUUUACGUGAACAGGAUCAAACAACCAUAACAAAUUUAGAUGAUUCGGAUAAUGAGGAAUUACGACGAGAGUUACAAAUGGAUGACUUCAGCUCAUAUUUUGAACGUAGUUAUGAACCAAAAGUAUUAAUUACUUUCGCUGAUAAUCCCGUAACGAAGACACGUAAAUUUGGUCUUGAACUAAGUCGUAUAUUUCCAAAUGCAUUGGUUAAAAUUCGUAAUAGAUCUUCUGUUAAGAAUAUAUGUAAAAGUGCUAUACGUGAGGAAUACACAGAUGUGGUGAUUGUGAAUGAGGAUCGACGAAAACCGAACGGCUUACUUGUAAUUCAUUUACCUAAUGGACCAACAGCUCAUUUUAAAUUAUCUAAUGUCAAACUAACAUCGGACAUCAAGCGUAAUCAUAAAGAGAUAACAAAACAUCGGCCUGAAGUGAUAUUGACAAACUUUACAACGAGACUUGGUUUAACUGUAGGCCGUAUGUUGGGUGCACUAUUUCAUCAUGAUCCUGAGUUUAAAGGUCGACGUGCUGUUACCUUCCAUAAUCAACGUGAUUACAUAUUUUUCCGUCAUCAUCGCUACGAAUUCUCAAAAGAAGGCAAAAGGGUGAAUCUACGUGAAUUGGGACCACGUUUUACAUUGAAACUCCGUUCGUUACAGGAAGGUUUAUUCGACAGCAAAACUGGCGACUACUCUUGGAUAAUUACAAACAAACGGCACGCUAUGGAGGCUUCACGUCGUCGUUUCUUCUUGUAAUGUUUUAAAAUUUUGAUUUAAUGAAACUUAUAAAAUAAAUGUAUACAGAAGUAACUCAUGUACAGAA